GAGACGUAGAAUUUGUAGUGUUGAUGUGUCCGACCAGCACAAGGAAGUCAGCAUAGCCAACCACCGUAGGUAAAGAGAAAAACCAGUAGAAAUAACACCACGCCCGGCCAGAGUUAUUAAGUGAACGUGUUGGAUUGUCUCCAUCAUUAAGGAACACCGUGGCGAUCCGUGCCGUCGUGUGGCUGUGAGUGGGAGGGUGUGUGACGCACCCCAACGGGAACGUUGUGGUGCUGCUGGAACUCGGACGUGAAGAAGGACAGGGACUGCUAGAUUGGGCGUCUUCUUCUCAGGGACAGCGAGACAGCCACAUUAAGACGUUUCCCCGUCCACUAACAUAAAAGAGAAAAUGGGAGGGAAGCAAAGCAAGAAGCUCGUGUCCAACAGGCCACCUCCCAGAGCGCCGAUGACAGGCCCGGCGCCCGUCAGGAUGAUGCCCAAGAGCAAGAAAAAGAUGAUUCCUCCUGACGGAGGCUGGGGGUGGAUGGUGGUGCUUGGUGCCUGCAUCAGUCUGUUUUUCUUCCCCUCUGUGACGAUCGCCUACGGAGUCAUGUUCAAGAGCCACCUGGAGGCGAUGGGUGCCGGGGCCACAGAGUUCACCAUCAUCGGCAAUGGCCUCAGCACCAUCUGGAGUUUUGCAGCGGUAUUCAUGGCGCCCCUGGCUGAGCUGUUCGGGGCUCGCUCUCUCACGGUACUAGGAGGCCUGUUGGGCUUCCUUACCCUUGUCCUGCUCGCCUUUUCAACAAGUGUCAUUUCUUUUACUCUCGUGUAUUCCAUCCUCGGGGGGAUCUCGAGUCCUCUCUGCGCCUUCUUCGGGGUUGUCCUCAUACCCAAGUACUUUGACAAGAGGAAGGGACUGGCUAACGGAUUCGUAGUCUCGGCAUCUGCUUUGGGAAAGAUCGUGAUGGCUCCGUUGGUCCGCCUGCUGCUGGAACAGUACGGGUACAGAUGGGCGUGCCUGAUGGUUGGCGCGCUCUGCCUUCACACCUGCAUCUCUGGGAUGCUCUACCAGCCAGCAGAAUGGCAUUUGAUUCCAGAUCCAAAUGACUCGGAAGAAAAUGAACUGCAGUGGAGGCCGCCAAGCACCAGGACGGCGGCCAAUGAAGCGGAGCCUCGUGAGGUUGCGACCAGCAAACGCACAACUGGUGCAGCCGCCAGACGGGUCAAUGUUGAUGAGGAGGAAGAUGACAACGUAAUCUUCGUAAUGCCAACGACACCUCAGAUGCCCCAGCCAUGCAGCAGGGACGACGAGGUGGUGCUCUUCUCCAGGAGUACGUCGGAGACACAUAACAAAGGAGACAAAGUAGACUUGAAACUCAACAUCAUCAGGAUGGACUCUGCUGCGUCGUUGUAUGGCUCCCUCCCGAUGCUGACUCCCGUUGAGGAGAAAAAAAUUGACGACGAUGACGAUGAGGAGAAUAGCUCUUGCUGCUCUGAUUUCUUCUUAUUCAAGGUGUUCCGUCUGCUUGAUUAUGGGUUGCUGCGGGAGCCUUACUUCCACCUAAUCGCGUGGCCCAACAGUUUCGCCAUCGCCUCCUACGUCAACCUCAUGUACGCCCUUCCCGGCUACAUCCUCAGCCUCGGCUUUUCCCACUACCAGAGUGCCUUUGCCAUCUCCGUCUUCAGCAUCAUGGAGGUGGUGUUCCGUCUGGGCAUCGCUUUCCUCUCCGACUUCUCUUGGUUCCCCAACGAGGUGGUGUUCACGUUUGGCUUCGUCCUCGCCACCGUCAGCGUCGGAUUUCUGACGAUGAUACCCAGCUAUGAGUGGAUCGUGACCUGCGUGGCGGUGAAGGGCGUGGCUAUGAGCAUGAUCCAAGUUAACUCCAUUCACGUCAUUGUUAAGUACCUGGGAGCCGACAGGUAUGCGCAAGUUAUCGGCUUCUCUUUCCUGUUUAACGGUGUCAUCAUGGUGGUGGUCGGCAUUACUGCAGGGUUGCUUCGGGACUACUUCGGCAGCUACGCUGUCUCCUUCUACUGGAUCACUGUCGUCUUCGCCGUCUCUGCCUCGGUCUGGAUCUCCUGGCACUGCUACAAGACCUUCGAAAGCAAAUACAGGAAAAUACCAGCCCACACCACGUAACACCUCCCGCUCCUGCCCCUCUCUCCCUCCUCCCUCACCCAAUCCCCUGGUGCAGUCAGUAUUCUCCCAGUACAGUCUAUAAUCAGGAAAUGUGUGGACGGAAUUGUUAUAUCACAAUGGAGGUUUGGAAUUGCUGGCCAGGUGCAUAAGGUAGGGAUAGAAAAGCACGAGGGACGCACAUAUGUACACAGUCACAUUGAUGAUGGGUGCAGGUGUUACAUGCUGCGAACAUCUGUUGCCACGCUUCACAAACACCAGACGGAAAGGUGUUGAGAAAAAUUAGUUCUGUCUUCAGCUACGGCCAGUGUUUCUGUUUGGCCGCUUUUGUAUUUAUCAGAACUUUUUUUUUUAUAUAGGUUCCGAGUUAUCAAUCUUAAUUUACAUUUACUCUAUUUAGCGAUAGAUCUGUCUGAAUAAAUAAUGUACAUAAAUUAUGCAACUCUAAUAAAUCCUAAUUUUCUUAAU